GUGAGCAGGCCAAGUAUUUUCGUAAAACAUCAGUCUGGCGAAUGUUGCAAAAAUUGUAGAUCGUCAUUUGUUUGUAAAUAACGCACGGAACUCAUUCAAAUUUCGACUGACUGAUAUUUCUUUGGGACAUAUUUUACAACUAUGGAAAAUACAACUUUGAGGGGUGAACACAGCGAUAUUGAUCAAGUGUUCAUAGAAUUCUGGCUGCGCGCGAAAAACAAUUCUACAUUUUGGAUACUUGAUGGUCCUCUCAAUGCCAUUAUCUGUAUAACAGUGAUUAUAUUAAACAUUUUAUUUCUAAUCGUUUUACAGAGGAAGGAAAUGCGAUCUGUGACGUCAUUUGUGUUGUCCGCCAUUGCUGUAGCUGAUUUAUUACGAACUUUGAUUUCUUUACCAGUAUCUCUGUAUAUUUGUGUUCCCUAUUUUAAGAGCUACACGCCUUACCACUGGUGUGUUUAUUUAAAGAUGCCAUUUUUAUUAGUGUCUAAUGUUUUUUAUACAUCGUCAGUGUGGUUAACGCUAUAUUUGGGUGUAUUUCGCUACAUUUUAGUCUGCCAUCCAAUCAAAGCUAAACUUUGGUGUCGCUAUAAGAUUGCUAUUGGAGUAGUUAUUCUGAUUUUUGUCAUUUCUCUCUUCUCGUAUGUUUGUUUAUUGUUUAUGCGAAAAAUAACACGUGUUGUCUUUUGGAACGAAGAAGAAAAGAGAUCUGUUUCGUCAUGUUUUGUAGACGUGGUGGACACAUGGCACAAUUAUAUUUUUAUUCAAACUAUCUUGGAGAUUAUUUUUGUUCAAAUUAUACCUUGUGUUGGCAUGUUGUUUAUUACGUGUAAAUUGGUUUACACCCUCAAGUCAGCAGCCAGGUCAAGGAAAGCCAUGAGUCGACAACUCAAUCGUUCGAGAAAUGAAUCUCACCAAACAACUUUAUUGUUAAUUGCCAUUUUGAUAGCAUUCCUCGUAUUUGAAAUACCUCAUUCAGUACUUCAGGUGUUCAUCAUUCUUAUGAUUAAUUUACAUAGGUAUCAUUUCCUGCUUAGUUACUUAAGGCUUUUCGAUACAAUAUUAAUCCAGAUUUUAUAUAUAACCAGUACUUUUAAUUUCUGUAUUUACUGUACUAUGGGAACAAAAUUUCGAUUGACACUUAAAAAGAUAAUGUCUUUCAAUUAAAAGUAAUCUGGAAAAAAGUGUAUUUCUUAAAAGUUACAUGGACUUAUUACUGUGGAAAGAAGUUUUACUCCGUCCAGAACAGUGAGUAACCGUGGCCCCUACUUAUUGCUACGGCCUACUCGUUUGUCAUAAAACGUUUCGACCGUAUUUACUGUCUUCUGUACAUAUAUAUAAAUAUCUAAUAAUUCUUUAUUCCUUUAUUUAAUUCACUAAUCACAUCGUAAAUUAUUGCAUCAUGUUUACAUAAGCGGACGUAAAAUAAACUAAUUCACACACACUCUUAUUUCGGAUUGUUUAAAGAUACAUCAUGGGAGAUAAAAAGAUGAUGUAAAGGAAAUUUCCUGAAAAUUUCAGUCAAAUUGAUCCAUUCUGAACCGAGAAUUUAGCGAUUGAAUGAGCGUUGAGCAGCAGAUCGGAUCCUAAUCCAGUAAAUAUCGCAGGCUAGAGUUGAUUAUGGUUUGGAUAAGUUAAUUAAUGUCUAAUUAAUAAUGUAGAUAACAUUCCAGGCCUAAAGAAAGACCUGCAAUAGGCAGAUUUAGCACUUGCAUAAUGUAUGCAACUAUUUUGACCUAAUCGGUUACAGGUUAGAGGUAAAUUACACAUGGACACGCCAUUUUGCCAGGAAGAUGGCUAGUGAGGAUGGCGAUUGUUAGCCGCCCAGUUCAGACGGCCAAAACAAGAUAGCUACAAGAACGUAGCUAAAAACGUUGAGAUAUAUGGUAUGCUUGUUUUUAGCUACGAUUGGUUGCCUUCAGUUUCCCCUGGCAAACUUAAUUUCUCUAUUAAUACACGUAACAUCUUAAAAAUAAGAUAAUUUUAUACUAUUAGGACUAAUGAAACAUACCCGGCCCAAUGUAGUUAAACAACUUUCGUUUGUCUGCAAAUAUUGUCAGUAAAGUUAAU